AUGCUGGAGGUGGGCGCGUCCUCGGUCACACGCAUCGCAUUCUCCAAGUAUCAUGGACGAGACCGCCCGAGACUUUCUAGCCCAGGCCAUCCGGGACGCGUUCACGUCUCUGGCAUCGAUCAUAACGAAGAGUAUAUUGACUGCUUGAUUUCUAAAGUCGAUAAUGACGUCCUCCAGGCUCAAAUAGCGAGCCAGGACGGCAACACAGAAGAGUCCCCGUUGCGAACCACCGGCUUAGCGUUACAAACGCCUCCGGCUUCCCCGCACAGAGAGCGUGGAUCCUAUCGGAUUCUGAAUGCACCGAAAAGGAACUAUGGAAAUCUUGCAGGCGCAGAACCGAGGAAGAGGAGAAAGCGGCCUAUUUCGAAGCUUUCUGAAAAUUUAGGUAAUAAAUCUCCAGACAGAAUUGCUGAUGAACCUAUCGAGGUGGGUUGUAAGAAUAUAAGUCAACAGCCUGACUACGACCAUGUGAAAGGUACCCACCAUUUAGAUAUCUCCGUCGACAUUUCCUCGUCCUAUCAAGCAGACUCCGCGUAUACAUUGAGAGCAAUGUCAUCGAUAUUGUUCGAGUGCGUGAAGGUCAAUUUCACUAUUGGUCUCUACGGGCACCGAACGAGCCGUAUCCCGACAACCACCAAGCCUGACAAUAUCCGGAAAUAUGUUGAUGAGGUUUCAGAACUUGAUUAUGAAAAAGCAAUUCACGUUAUUCGCAGAGAUAAUGCUUUGGCCACGGGUAAGGGUCUUCAAAAUCGAUUCAACGAAACAAUUUUCUGGAAGAUCAUUCUCAAGUGUGCCGCGUUGAUCGAUCAUACAAAGCUACCAACCGCGAAAGGACCGGCAGACGGAUUUACCAUGGCAGAAAAAGCUGCAACCAAGAAAUUCAUGGAAGAUGCUGGAUACGGGUUGGGUGCAGAAAAUCAACGGCAAUGCCGCAUUUUCUGGGAAAACCUGUUCAAAAUGCGUGAAGCUGGCAUUGAUAAAGUCCUCUAUUACCGGACUAAGGAAUUCGACAGCUACUGCAAGGGAUAUCCAAAAAUGUCAGAAAUCUCUCUUGUGGAUGAGGUCAUGAGGUGGGAGACCCACUAUAGACCUCAUAUCGAACAACCAGAAACCCGGGUCCUCAGACUUGGGAAAGGCGACCUGGCACGCCUAUCUGAUCUUGAGAAUCCCCAAGUUGUAGAGAGGCUGAAAGUUCCGGAAUCCUCUUGGAACAAUGCCAAGAAUGAAUAG